AUGUGGAGGCGGGUUUUCCUUCGCCGCCGUCAGGGAGGAAGAAUGACGGUGAUGAUGGCGCCGACGGCGGUGUUGUUGGGGGGCGGCAUGCGUCUCCCGCAGGACGACGGCAUAAGCGAAGGGCUGCUCGGUUUCACCGAGUACGGCGGGUCCAUAUCGGCCUUCAUGAAGCCUGCAGGCGAGCGGCAGGCGGCACAUGAUGACAAGAGUGAGGGGACUUCUCUCCCCUGCGGCAAGGAGGGCCCAUUCAUCCAAAACAUCAAGGCACAACACAUGGCGGACAUUGCUCUCGGAGGAAAGUUGCCCUCCCCGCGUGAGUUUCAGGUGGGGCCGAUAAUGCGGAAUGAAGAGCCACAGCCGUCAUUGCAGAGUCCCACGACGAAAUCCUCGUCAUCUCUCCCGCGAAGAAUUUCCACGCCACCAAGGAACAUGAAAGACAAGAAGGCUUCUGCUGCGCCAACGGGGCAGGCCGGGACACCGGUGGGAGCAACAGCGGCGGAGGGAGGUGCAAGUGCCAAGGAAGAGCUGCGCGCGAGGGAGGCGGAGGAUUAUUAUCGAUCUGUUCCACGUAACGCUCUCUCAAAAGAAGAGAUGUGGAAGCGGAUCACUGCCGCGAGUGCAGAUAAGGCGGAGCGUUUCUCUUCCGCGCUUCAGGCCUCGGAGGUGGACUAUUUGAAAAUGGAGGAGGAUCUGAAGGAGAACGAUCUCUUUCACUAUCGCAUGGGGGAACUUGCCUACCCGGAUGCCGACAUCCGGCGAAAUUACUACGCCAUGUGGCAACUGGCCACUUCACUCAACAAGGCUCGUUGGACGAUGUUAGAUGUAAUUUCACAGCGUGGUGUCAAAACCACCGGGGCAGGCAUGAAGCUUUUGUUUUGGAAGGAGUCUGUGAACCAAAUUGUGGAGAAACGACAAAUGGCGGCAGGCCAGUUUACAGAUUCUCACCCAGUGCUGCGACCGUUCGCAGCCGUUGUAGAGCAGAACCCGCACUUGACCAAGGCAUUUAUACGAGGUUUCACAGACGCAAGGCUUCGUGUGCUUCAGCAGCCGGGGAACAUGAAACAACUAUUUGACCAUUUUGAUCGAUACUACGGUUACUUUUUUAACUCUCUGUUGGAAGUGACACAUGUGAAAGAUUCAACUGCAGAGCACAUGUUGCAGCAUAUUGGUCGAGCCAUAGGGCUUACACAACACUGUGUGAUGCUUUGGAAAAAAUACGCCAAUAUUGGCUUUACGAUGUUGCCUGCAGAUCUCUGCGCGGAUAACCACGUGAAUAUUGCGCUACUAAAAAACAUUUCUUUGGCGUCGAGAGACCGGGCAGUGCGCAAACUUUUAUACGAUGUGAUGUGUAUUACCAAAAUGGAAAUGUUACAUGCAAAACAGUUGGCUCCUUCAUGUUCACCAACCGCGUGGCCCGUGGUGAUGGAGUGCGUGUACGCGAAUUACUACUUGGGGUUUCUGCAACGCCGUGACUUUAACGUGAGUGCAAUGUUUGCGGACCACAACAUUGAAAACGCCGGGUUCGCGUGGUACCGUGUCAAGAAGCGCUGGGAGUGGGAGAGGCAUCGGAGCAUCGAGCGUCUCGUUGCGGAGGAAGCACCGCUGCCCUUCAUUGGCAUCUCUCUGGGCCACCGUGGCUCAAGUUACAAGAUGGCCUCUGGCAUUGGGCGAAACCGCUAG